UCGCGCAGCGCGUCAGCUCAUUCGACACCGCGCCGCUCAGAAUUCGCCGGGAGCUCGCGCUCCGCCAUCCCGACAGCCGGGUGGCACGGGGACGCCCACCACGCCAUCUCCCGGAGGCCGGCUUCACUAGGCGCGAGCGCGCCUUCCUCCUCGCCUUGCGGACCGGUUCCGUGUGGCCCGCCGAGAGGAGGCAUCGCUUGCAACGAGCGCCCUCUCCCCUCUGUCAGGAUUGCGGCGCGACUGAAACGUUGGAACACUUGCUCUGUGAGUGCCCCGCUCUUUCGCCCGCUCGAUCGACACUUGCGCAAGUGUACCGUGCGCGGAACUUACCGUGUGCGACACUGCACGACCUGCUGCAUCCCUCGGGCUGCAUUUCGCAACACAGGCGCCUUUUCCGCGCGCUCUUGGUCUUCGCCGAGGAAGCGUCACUUCAAAGCCGCCUAUAAACAUGCCCCACCCACGGCCUUACCGCGUCGGCUGCCGCCGCCGCGUUUUUCUUUCUCUCUCAUCCAUCUUUUAAUUCCCCCUUUUCCCCCUGUGCAGCGCGGUUGAGGUGUCCUCUGCGGAGAGACAGUUACUGCGCUGCACUUAAUCCCAUAUCUUCCCAUCUCCUACUUUAGAAUCUCUCUUUGCGAGGUCGCUUGAACACCACCCUCCCGCGAUAAAAACGCGGCGCGCGCGACCGGUCGCGCGUAUUCCGAUCUCGUUUGCUCGGCUACUGACAACGUUGCGAUGCCUCCCCAGCCCAGCGGUAAGGCCGUGAAGAAGGCCGGCAAGGCGCAGAAGAACGUGCGCGCCACCGACAAGAAGAAGAAGAAGCGCCGCAGGAAGGAGAGCUUCUCCAUCUAUAUCUACAAGGUGCUGAAGCAGGUGCACCCGGACACUGGAGUCUCCAGCAAGGCCAUGUCUAUCAUGAACAGCUUCGUGAACGACAUCUUCGAGCGCAUCGCCGCGGAGUCGUCCCGUCUGGCUCACUACAACAAGCGCUCGACCAUCACGAGCCGGGAGAUCCAGACUGCCGUGCGUCUGCUGUUGCCCGGCGAGCUGGCCAAACACGCCGCUGCAGGCGCCGCUUUCGUGCUAUUUUCUGUUGACCUGCAGUCCAGUGGAUUCUGCAACCCCACUGCUGCCUGA